AUGCCAGACCACAACAACAACAACCACACGGCCCGCGACGCCGCCGCCGCCCUCUCCAUGAACCUCUCCUCCUCCUCUCCCCGCCAAGCCACCGCCUCCCCUCGCUCCCGCGACUCCUCAACCUCCACCACGGCCACCCACUCACCGACCUCCUCCCCCGGUCCCGGAGGGGCAGGCGAAGACCUCCCGCAAUGGGCCCGUCCCUCGGCCUCUAACAUCCGCCGCCUCUCCUCCGGCCGCCCUUACUCCGUCUCCCGGCACGCUUCGCAUCAUCGCUCGUCCUCCGCUGCCGCCGGCGGCGGCGGUGGUGCCGUCACCAUCUUCCUCGGCCUCUCGCUCCUGCAAAAGAUGGCCAUCCUCGUCGCCCUCGCCAUCUUUUUUAGUCUCAGCGUCGUGGCGCUAGUCUACUCGCACGCCAUUUUUGCGUCGCUCGGUCCGCUAGCAGAGAAAUGGCGAGCUCUGCCCUUCGGCUGGCUGAUUUGUUUCGGUCUGGUGUUUAUGACGGCGUUCCCGCCCAUCAUCGGUUACUCUACCGCCGUGACCGUUGCCGGGUUUGUGUAUGGGUUUCCGUGGGGGUGGCCGAUUGCUGCGGCGGCGACGGUGGCGGGAUCAACGUGUUCGUUUUUGGCGUCGAGAGGCGUGUUGGCCGGGUAUGUGAACAGAUUGGUCGGGAGGGAUAAGCGGUUUGUGGCGUUGGGACAGGUUUUGAGGAGGGAUGGCUUGGGCGUGCUGGCCAUGGUCAGGUUCAGUCCGUUGCCGUAUAGUUUGAGUAAUGGGUUUUUGGCGACGGUGCCGCGGUUGAGGGUGGGCGGGUUUGCGGUUGCUACUGCGAUGGCUACCCCCAAACUCUUCGUCCACAUCUUCAUCGGCUCCCGCCUCGCCCUCCUCGCCUCCUCCGGCGACAAGAUGACCACCCGCGACCGCGCAAUCAACUACAUCUCCAUGCUCCUCUUCGGCGCCGUCGGCGCCGUCGUCGGCUACCUCAUCUGGAAGCGGACCAUGUCGCGGGCCGAGGAGUUGGCGCAUGAGGAAGGACUGGACGGGAUUGACUCGCUCGCCGCGGCUGCGGGGACCACGGCCGCCGGGGAGGUGCAUCGCACGACGGACGGCACGCUCGAGGUGGAGGAUGAUGAGGAGGAGGAUUAUGCGGAUCUGGAGGGAAACACCGGCGGGAGACUGUUGGUUGGUGGUAAUGGGGGUAGGGAAGGGGACUUGAGGAGGCAGAGCAGUGAUAGCGAUAUCUCGCUUUGGGAGACGGAUCGGUAUAGGGAUAGUUGGGAUGAGGAGGCUAAUCUCGAAGGGAGAAAGUGAUGUUGAUCUUGUUUAGGAGAAGUUGUUUUAGGUUUCUUUUGUGCAGGGGUUGAUCUCUUUUGUCUUUACCUUCUGAGGUUGUCGCAUAAUUGCACAAAAAGGAGCGAGCAAGCGGGCGGCGUCAUCGCGUAUAGAAAAUGGGGAAAGCAAUAGGUGUUCUAAGGCGCAUUUUGGGAGCAUUUGCGUUUUUGCUUUGAUCACAUCAUUUGUUUUGACGGCGUCCUUGGUUAGUAACUGGUUCCAUGUCUAGAGAUCAUAUCGAUUACUAGAAGAAAUAGUGAGAGAGACACAGGUAGAUAGACGGCACUAGAGAACAUAUAAAUAUUGUGAAAUG